AUGGACUCACCCGAUCUGAGUCGCCUAAGAAUCCUUAAAGGCAUCUUCAAGGAUGGAAAUACGUUGGUCAGCAUGGACACCUUCUUGGACAAGCUGUCGGAGAAGAGUCUCAUUUCAGUGUCGCAAGAAGUGAUGCUGAAAAAGGAGACGUAUUCCAAGCAGAUUGAUGAGACCUUCUACAUCCUCUUCCAGAAAAACCCCAGGCCGACCUACGAGAGUGUUGAGAAGAUCCUCAUAGAAAUGGGCCGAGAAGACAUCAUAGCGAAGCUCCAAGAUAAUUCAAAGAACCCAGUUCAAGCACUGAAGGAGCACUGUGACAAGAACGGCUGGAAAGUUGAAUAUUUUGAUGUCAAUGAAAGUGGACCAGCGCAUGAAAAGAAGUACCUCAUGAAGGUCGCUGUGAAUACGGUUUAUCAACCAGACGAGCCAAGCAAAAGCAAGAAGGAUGCAAAGGCUGCAGCCGCUUCCCUUUGCCUCAAGAACUUUGGACUCAUGUGAAACCUUGAAUGAUUGUUGUUGCAUUGCUCUUGCGUAAUUCAUAUUCGCAAUUUAUUAGUCGAAUUUUGAUUUUUUUUAAACAUAAUUUUGAUCUUCGAACAUAAUUAAUUUUGCAACUAGCAUGUCGGAGUCAGUCAUAAUAUCGCAAGUAUAUUAGUGAAGCCCACACUUAUUGGAGUAAUUACAAUCGAUGAACC